AUGACUGAAAUAGUUGCCCCUGCUCUUUCAACUCAUCAAGAUGACAACACUUUUACCUAUGACAAGUACCAAGACAAGCAAAAGGAUAGAAGUUACCUUGGUCCAAACUGGAACGAUGAGCAGAGCUUAAGAGAAAAGCUAAUAGAAUUCUAUUCAAUAGACGAGUUAGUUGUCCACUUGGGACAAAGAGCUUCAGAUGGCUCAUUCAAGUUCAAAAAGAUAACACUGCAGUUUCCAGAUUCAUUAGUUGCAGAUGCUGCAAUCGUUGUGCAGCUGCUACAAGAGAAAUUAGGAAAUGCUAGUAAAGCGCAAGAUAAUACUCAACAAGUUUGGAUUUUAGCAGACACUGCUUAUAGUCCAUGUUGUAUUGAUGAAGUUGCAGCAGAACAUGUUUUGAGUGAUAUUGUCGUACAUUUCGGUGAUGCUUGUAUGAAUGCCAUUCAGAAGCUACCAGCUGUUUACGUUUUUGGGAAACCCUAUCUUGAUAUCGAUACAAUUGUUGGGAAAUUCAAAGCAACAUACCCCAAUGAAAGCUCAAAAGUGGUAUUGAUGGCUGAUACUUCUUACUCUAGACACUUGCCAGAAUUGUUUAAUAUCUUGAAAGAGACUUAUAAAGAUGUUGCAUAUGCUGAUAUUUCACCAGAAAGGGCUUCAAAUGCGAAGAUCAUAGGAUUCAAAAGCACUAAUCAGGAAGGGUCAAUACGGUUUUCAAAUCGCAAGCUUAUAACAUCAUCAGAUGAAGCUUUAGAAGAUGAGAACCUACAGGAUUAUGCAUUAUUCCAUAUCAGCACCCCUGAGCCACCUCAUCUGUUAUACCUAAGUACUAAGUUUGGAUCGGUUACCUUGUUCGACACUAUCAAUAAUUCAAUAAAUCAGGGUCCAUUCCCUUCAUUAAUGAAAAGAUACCGUUAUAUGCACAUUGCUAGAACAGCCGGUACUAUUGGUAUACUGGUGAAUACAUUGUCAUUGCGCAAUACAACUGAGGUCAUUAAUAAAGUUUCCAGAAAGAUUAAAGAAGCUGAUAAGAAAUACUACAUGUUUGUUGUUGGUAAGCCAAAUGUGGCCAAACUUGCAAAUUUUGAAUCUAUUGAUGUUUGGUGUAUUUUGGGCUGUGGUCAAGGUGGUAUCAUUGUUAAUAAUAAUAAUGAUUUUUUCAAACCAAUCAUCACCCCUUAUGAAUUAGAAAUGGCUUUGAGCCCCGAAGUCCAAUGGACUGGAAAAUGGGUCACUGAAUUUGAAAACGUCAUAAAUGAUGAAGAGUCAAAUGAGGAUAGCGAAGCCAGUACGUCAUUGGAUGAUACAAAUUCACCAACUUUAGAGGGUGAAGAUGAAGCACCUGAGUUCAAUGCAGUUACUGGUAAAUACGUUUCAAAUUCAAGACCAAUGAGACAAAUACAACACUUAGAGAUUGAUGCUGUUGACUCAACUGUUGAGCAAGAGAACCAAUUAGUGAAAAAGUUUUCUCAGGCUGUUGCCAUCAAAGGAACGGUCUCCACUUCAGCUAUUCAUUUACAAAAUAGAGAAUGGACUGGGUUGGGAAGUGAUUUCGUUGAUAACGAUGUUGAUGAUGAGGGAGCUCUAGUUGAAGAUGGAAGAGGUGGUAUUGCUCGUGGAUAUGAUUUCGAUGUCAAGGGCAGUUACUAA